ACUGAGCGAGUCAGACCGAGGCGCAACCGCACUGGAGGGGAAGUCAAGUCGUGCUGGAGUGGCGCGGCAUCCUCGAACGCUUUACAACUAGAAAAAGAAAAGAAAAAAGCGAGAGCCGAUCCGCGUUGAAUCAUGUUUCUACACGAUGGACUAUGCUGGUUUUAAAAGUCCAGAGCAGGGAUUUGUAGUUUGCGAGGCAUGGCGCUCCUUUUUGCGUGCUUCUUUCUGUCUUGUUGCAGCAGUGUUUUGGGAACUCAGCACAGUGACACCAGCAUCUAUUUGGAUAACAUCACGCGCAUAUUGGAUAGAUUACUGGAUGGGUAUGACAACAGACUACGACCCGGAUUUGGAGGUCCAGUCACAGAGGUCAAAACAGACAUCUUUGUCACCAGUUUCGGACCAGUCUCAGAUGUUGAGAUGGAAUAUACCAUGGACGUGUUCUUCCGUCAGACCUGGAUCGACGAGCGGCUGAAAUUCGAGGGCCCCAUCGAGAUCCUGCGGCUCAACAACCUGAUGGUCAGCAAGAUCUGGACGCCGGACACGUUUUUCCGGAACGGCAAGAGGUCGAUCUCGCACAACAUGACCACCCCCAACAAGCUGUUCCGCAUCAUGCAGAACGGAACUAUCCUCUACACCAUGAGGUUAACCAUAAACGCCGAGUGCCCCAUGCGGCUGAUGAACUUCCCCAUGGACGGCCACGCCUGCCCACUCAAGUUUGGGAGCUACGCGUACCCCAUCAGCGAAAUCGUCUACACGUGGAAGAAAGGCCCUCUGUCGUCGGUGGAGGUGCCGCAGGAGUCGUCCAGCCUACUGCAGUACGACCUCAUCGGCCAAACCGUGUCCAGCGAGAGACUAAAAUCCAACACAGGCGAAUACGUCAUCAUGACCGUCCACUUCCACCUCCAGAGGAAGAUGGGCUUCUUCCUCAUCCAGACGUACAUCCCCUGCAUCAUGACCGUCAUCCUGGCGCAAGUCUCUUUCUGGAUUAACAAGGAGUCCGUUCCAGCCAGGACCGUCUUCGGUAUCACCACAGUCCUCACCAUGACCACGCUCAGCAUCAGCGCCCGACACUCGCUGCCAAAAGUCUCCUAUGCCACGGCCAUGGACUGGUUCAUCGCCGUCUGCUUCGCCUUUGUCUUCUCGGCGCUGAUCGAGUUUGCGGCCGUCAAUUACUUCUCAACCCUGCAGGCCAACCGAGAGCUGCGGAAGGCAGCGGCCAUGAAAGCGGCGGCUCAAGAGGCGGCAGCUGCAGGUGCUGCCCCAGCUGCAGCCGGCGGUGCCGAUGGAGACGUUUCCUCAGCGGAUGCCAGCAACGUGCUGAAGAAGAGGAUGAACUCCGCGCCGCUUUUCGAACGUCCGGCCAAAACCUUCCCCAACCCGCCGGUCAACGCUCAAGCCUUCCUGCAGCAGGGCUCGGCGGUACCGGCCAACAACGUUCUGACCGGCACCAGCAUCAUCGACAAGUACUCUCGCAUCCUCUUCCCCCUUUCCUUCGGUGCGUUCAACCUGGUCUACUGGAUCGUCUACUUGACCAAGGACACCAUGGAGAUGUCCAGGGACACCGUCUGAGAUGGAGUUACUGGAUACUACACUUAACAUAUGCAAACACACAGAUUUAUAAAUAGUACACUCACCACAGUAAGUAAAGACAAGGAUGCUCGCCAAGCAGUCUGUCACGCCGCCUCAGUGCAUUGUAUUCGGAGAUGAACCGGCUCCUAAUGCCAACACGACCCACGGAGCUCACCGGGACUGAGGGCCUGUUUCCGAAAUCUACGUCUCCAUCUGUCUCCCUGUUUCUGCCCUCAAAAGAAGGCCCUGCCAUCCAAUCGCCGGUGGGACGUGACGCUGGGAUUAUCUGGGCUGUAAACCGUUGGAUGUAUUUAUUUCCGUGUGAAUGCGGUGAGCGACUGGCGCGACGCUGCUCAUUGUAGAUUCUAUUUGUGUGAACUGGAGCUGGUGUUUGGCUGAAUGUCAAAAAGUGUAUCACGGGUCAUUUAUUUGUGGCAUGAUCUCUUCUGGGGAGGAUGGGAGCGGGGAUCUUCACAGGGCUGUGGUGGUGCUUGAGAAAUACAAACCUAUUCUCAGUUUUAAACCAGAGAUUUGUGGGGAAAAAAAAUGAAUUUGUGAGCGUAAAAUAACUCAAAUGAAUUAUCGUCAUUAACAUUCCCAAACUGGACCUUAGAUCCAGCUUAGAUUUGAGGUAUGAGCGGGUGUUAGCUAGACUUGCAGCAGCAACUUGAGCAAGUCCAACUGGUGCAAGCUCAAUUACCAUAAAUGCUAUUGUAACUUUAUUUUCAGGACGCAUUUAGCAUGGUCACACUUCAAGAGCACACUGAGUAAAAGCCAGAAUUUUACACCUGGGGAGAGACUUCCAGUGUUCCCAGUUAUGCCCUCUGUUGACCAGAUGUAGAAUCUCCUAGUGGGAAGGUGGGAGAAUUGGCACCACAGCAAUGCAAGAUGGCUGCCUCUAAUGUUAACAGGAAGCGCACAAGAAGAGAAUUUGUGUUUCCUCUGCAUCCUGUAGGUUUUCUAGUUGCAAGCGUAAAACGUACUUGAAGAAGUUACAUGGAUGUCACCAUCUUCUUCUCCAACUUAGAUAACUGGUAUGCACUGAACAUGGCUGUGAUGCCAUUCCCAGCUCUCACUUCUGAGGUACUUACAACGCAGCAUCAGAGUAGCUCCGGCGCUCCGACUCAAAGCAGCUUGAGUAUGGAUUCAACCCAAGACUUUUUAGCAUAGGGAGCUAGGGAUAGAGACGUGUGCGCUCUUUUGACCAGACUUUGGAUUUGCAGCAGUGGAUGCAGGGGAAUGUCGAACUGGGUAUUGGUUUUCUUUGGUUCAGACAGAGGCAACUGCAAAAUGAACUUGGCUCGAUGUAUUUGACAACAUACUCACUACUCUUAAGGCGUAAAACAGUGGUGAACUGGACUUCCAUUGUUGACGCGGAAGUUAGCCUGCAUGUCAUUUCAUUUCAUGAUGUUCAAAAAGAGCGGUUGGGGUUGGGAUGAGAACAUGGAGGGUGACGAUGGUUAGCUUUCAAGGUUAUCUGACUUGUGAUGCUGCUUGGUAUAUGCAGUACCUAAUGUGGCCAGCAGCUGCGAUCGUGCACCAUCCCACGGCUUACCCUUUCCUUUCCUUAAACACUUCUUUUUUUGCAAAGGAAACUGGGGAGGGAUGUGAAGUGUGAUCCAGGCGGAAGCCAAAUAUGCGACACGGAAAGAUGACUUCAGCGUCAACAUUGGACGAAAAAGUCCACUUGAUGUUACGCCUUAGGAGUGAGGAAGCCGACUUGAUAAACCUUUCCUCCUGUCUUUAGGACCUCUGACAGCACUAAUGGGGUCGGGACAUCUACACGGUAACAUGCCACGGCAGGUACCUUCUUGCUUGUGAUAGGUUUCACGAAACAGUGCACUCAUUUCUAGUAGACGGCUCUAAAGUUACUUUGUAACUUUGAAACUUUAAAGUAACACCUUGUGUUACUCUUAAGCCGAGAGCGCCACCUUCUGAGCUCUGAGGAGACUGUUUCGUGAAGCCUCAUCAGCCCAUCACUACUUCACGCUCCAAUCGUUGCCGACGUGUUCUCUCUUCUAUCCACAAACUCUAUGUCAGAUUUGAACAAAUGAAAACGCAUUUUUCGACGCACGUUUCAACCGUCUCUAAAUCUGCCCCUUCAUGCUCCAAGGUUAUGAAGCAGCACAUCAUAACAAGAAACCCCAGCUUGCCAAAAUACGGCGCUUCCACAACACAGCCAGGCGAUUCCCCGGAGAACACUCCAGCCUCCACGAGCACGAGGUUCGUGUUUUCUCCUCUUCCUAAUUGUAUACAAGCGAAUCCCACCCCAACUCUCCAGCUUCCAAUUAUGAAACAAGGUGACAGCUGCGUUUCUUAAAGAGCCCAACUUAAAACCCGUCAUCAUCAAUUACAGCAAAUGCCAAAACAUGCUCAUUAAUAAUCCUCCGGUGCGUCCGUGCAUACGGUGAUUCACCGCGUGCAGCGAAGAAGCGAGCGCAACGCGCUAAAUCCACGUGCGGUGUCUAAAUAUAAGCUGCGCUGCGCGUUGAAAUCCAUCAUCCACCAGUUCUGAUCUCAUUACCGUUGUCUCCAACAAGCACCGGGCCCGAAACCAAACACGGUAUAUGCACAUUUGUUUAUACGGCGAUUGUAAAUUUUUAUAAAUAGGAUUAUUUGGUUGAAAUAAAAUGGUGGUGAAGUGUAAUUUGUCAGACACUUUUAGAAUAGUGUUGCUGUUUUUCCAUGUUUGAUUUGUGACGAAACCGGCAUGCGGAGUUCUGUAACACUGUAAUAAGUGAACCGUGCAUGUUGCAUCUCAAGUGUUAGUUUUGCAAGAAUUCAACUUAUGCAAUGCAAUGACUAAUGCAAUACAGACUCUGGCUGAACCCCGACAAAGUUUGCCAUUGUCGCCCUCGUCUGACCGGGAUGGAGCCGCCGACUUCAUCUGUAAAGAAAGCAAGAAUGAAAAAAAAAGAGGCUCAGACGUGAUGCCAAGAAUAUGUAUCCUGUCUCCCGCUGAAUGAUUUAAACCUUUUCUUUGGUGCAAUGAUGGUUUAGUUCUGUGCCAACUGUUGCUUUGGGUUUGAAUAAUUGAGAUGCGGGGAGGAAGGAGGGGCGCUGUAAUUGUUGCUAGCCUGCUGGCGCUCAAUAAUUCAGUUGACUUAGCUAACAUCCGUUUUGUUUCCUCCUCAACCACCAGGUCAUAAUGCCGUCUUUUUCUCUCUUGCUCCUGAAGCAGAUCACGAGAACAUGCUUUUAAAUCAUUUGGUUUUCGCUCCGUCACUCAUAAGAAGUCCACGCUUCCUUCAAAAGGAUCCUGAUCCAGAAUCAUGGUCAAAAAAGAGCUGAGCCAAGAGGCAAAGCUGCUACUCUCACCUUCCAUCUGAGCAGAUCACUGUGUUGCUCCUCCAACACACCGAGCCGUAGGAAACCUUCCGACAACUGGUCUGAGUUUGUGCUAUACUUAAUCUGCAUAGAAAUUUCAGUUCAUAUUUAUUUAUUUUUUUACAUUAUUACAGUGGUAUUUACAGUACAUUUAAUUGCAGGGUUACAUGCUGGAUGCGUAUCUUAUUUUUACAUGGAAAUGAAAGCAAAACUUGAUGGAGAAUAUUGUAAAUCUAUAGAAGAUAAAUGUACAAUUUGUGGGGAAUAAAAGCAGAAAAAAAUGUUGAACCAUCAUAGUGUAAAAAUUUGAUAAUAAUUUAAACAAAAAUUCAAAUGCUGUCACUGAAAUGAUGUUAACAUAUUAACCUGGAAAAAAAAUACAAGUCUUAUUUAAUAUAACUUGAGAACAAAUAGAGUAGAAUUAACUUAUGAAUAUAGAGAUUGAAUUUAUUUAAUGAUUUAUGGAAGAACUUCUUCCCUUCAAUAACUGUCAAACUGAAUAGUAUUUAUGUGUUAUGCAUGUUUGUCUUCUGCUUAUUUAAAUCACAUGCCAUUCACAUUGAACAAAUUAUUUUUAAUAAUAUUUGAACCGAUACAGAGGUUUAUAACAGUCUCAGAACACACUACUGUACCUGUUGGAUCUGUGACUACACAAAGUUGUGGUCUGCUGAGAGAGGCUGAGCGCGUGACGGCCGUUCUCAGCUCCAUCGAUGCGCCCUCUGACCCCUUGGCCCCGCCGCUCACCUCCCUCACACCGAGGGAGGACCUCAUUUGCAUGACCCCAUGUGCUUGUUAGGGGUUGUUGAAUGUAGAAGACAUGGUCAAAGAAGCCGUUUAGCUCCUGGCGCCGUCCCUCCUCAGCUCCACCGCCGCCACAGCAGCGCCGCAGGUUACAACUCAGUUCGUGGAUAUGAUCUGCUGCACCUCCAGUGGUGGACCCUGCUUGACACGUAGCUGCAUCACACAUGGGCUUGUGGUUUCCUCCACAAUGUGCUUUUUUUUUUUUUAUUUCAGAAAAUGUGUUUUUAUUUCUCUUGUACUGACACACGUCCGCGUCUGAUGAGAUUGUACUAAACAUGUUGAAUAAAGGAGAAUUAUUUCACUGUUCAA